UCGUCAGUAUGCAGCGUGCUCCUUUAUAAAUUAACUUUAAAUAUUUUGCUUGCUCGAGUGUACGUAAUUACGAUCCAUUUAUUGCGUGUAGGUAGCCCGGAAUGUGACGUCUUAUCGAAUAAAGUAUCCUUCUGGUCAACUGCAUUCCGGUGAUGUUUUGCUUAAGAGUGUACCUGACCGCUCUCGAGUUAAACGCGAGUCGCGAGUUUUAGUCCAUACCUGAGGAAUAUAUUCACCGGUUGCUGCAUUGGUAAUGCUCUUAAGGGGCUGUUCUGUUCACUUUAAAAAAUCACGUGUAAUUCUGUGCGAGUGCCAAAGUGUUGUGUACACCUACUGCUGACGAUUACCUACCGCAAGUUCAAAAAUUUGCGAUGAGAACGCUUCAUGGAUUGCCCUUGGAUUAUUACUGAAAACACAUGGUAAACUAUUUAAAGGUGAGCGGCGGACGCCCCCCUGAAGAGAUGUGCGGGUCAUGCGCGCCGGCGGCCUGUGCACGGUGAGCGCCCCCCUGGCCGCGUGCAGCCCUCCAGCAGCGCUACCCCCGGCCGCCAGAUUUUUGGCACUGCAUCUGCUGCACCAGCAGACCUUGUAUUUCAUCGUUCAAGUAAAGUCGCGUGUAAGGGAGCUUUAUCAGCAAACAUGUCUGCACUUCGCGCAGCAAGGGAUGCUGGACACAGACCUUUUUGGUCUCGCUUUGAUAUGCGAUGGCGAGUAUCUGUUUGCAGAGCCAGAAAACAAAUUGUCCAAAUACGCUCCGAAGAGUUGGCGCUCCUCUCACUGUCACGGUCUCGACGCCAACGGCCGGCCGGCGCUCGCGUUUUACUUCAGGGUGCAAUUCUACGUGGACAGCCCGCUGCUGCUUCGAGACGAGACCACCAGGCAUCAUUAUUACUUACAGCUGAGAUUAAAUACGGCUUGCGGAGCGGCCGAGGAUCGUGUCGGCCAAUUAGCAGGAUUAGCUUUACAAACAGAUUUAGGCGAUUAUUCAGAGACCACGACCUUUCGGCCCGAAGAUUACGUACCUCCUAGCAUGAGGGGCCCGCAAGCUUUGCGCCACGUAGAAGCCGCGCAUCGCGGAUUUCGCGGUCUUUCUAAGCCAGAAGCCCGCGCACGUUUUAUAUCAGAUGCUUGUAAUCUUCAAGAACCUGUCAAUGCGCACGUGUUCCGAUUACGUGCUUCCAAAAAUGAACCGCCCCCAGGUUCGCUACUUUUGGCCGUGUGCGCACGUGGCCUACGAGUUUGUGCAGAUCAUAAUCCACCGUCGAUUUUCCUCUGGAGUUCGAUUGGUAAAUUGAGCUUCGAACGCAAGAAGUUUGAAAUUCGAACUGGACACGAAAAAAUCACUUUAUAUUCCAGCAGCGAUGAGAAAAGUCGACUUCUGCUUGCCUUAUGCAAGGCCACCCAUCAGUUUAGCAUGGCAGUAGCGCCUAGGCUAACCGAGGUUCGGCGCGAAGAAGAAGAUCGAAGGCGUUGGGAUUGCGAUCAGAGAAUUUCUGUUAUAUCCAGUACCUCAUCUAACACUACUUCGGGCAUUGUGAGCGAUCGAGUGCACUCCGAAGAUGAGCUAGAGAUUAUGAUCACGAGUCCUCCAGCACCAUCUACCGAGAGUCUAGCUUUAGCACAUCUCUUAGAUAGUGCACCUCCCAGCAGUCGAACAUCUUUAGUUUCUGCAACGAAUCCUCCUGUAAUUGGCUCUUCCAAGGAGGAUAGUUCCGAUACUGGAAAAAAUACCAAUAGUGAAAGCUCGACUAAGACUACUAGCGGGAAAUGCCCCGGUUCUCAGUGCAGCUCUUCUUGCAGCACAGUGAUUGUUACACCUUUGCAUACAAAGGUGAAAGGUAGGAGACCAUCCACCAGCAGCAGUUUGGAAUUGGGCUAUUCACAUACAGCACAGAACUCAUCAGUUAGUGAUGCUACGUGCAUCGAGUUGGACACUAGGGAGUCUGUCUAUUCCGUGUCAGGUCCUCCGCCAAGCAGCUACACCAGCGGAGUGUACACGAUGGCCUCAAGCGAUCACUAUACUGUCAGCCUUAGUGAUCAAUAUCAAGCAUCGAGUGAGCAAUAUAGCUCAGUAGGCGAUCAGGUGGACGCUCCUUUUAGAGAUCGUUCCAAUUCCAACAUUAGCAAUUCUGGGUCUUUUCGAGGAGAUGGUAGUGACCCCACUGAUACACAACCUACACCUUUAUCUGCUGAAGAGCUAUCCGAUCUUAUUGUAGGAAGAUAUCCCUCUUGUAAAAGCGUCAGUCACACCUUAGAUUCCGAUUCAGAUUAUGUAACAUUACCCUCAUCUUAUCAAGGUUAUGCUCCAAUUCCACCGAAGCGCGUUGAUAGUGUAGAGCCGCGAAUCCGACCUCCGCCUCCUCCUUAUCCUACACAACUUAAUAAACUCGAUCCGGUGCCCGAUUUUGACGAUGUUCUUUGUUUAUCCGAGAUCUCCUUGAGAGAACCACCUCCAUAUCCAAAGAACACGGUUCCUGCGCCGUCCCCAGUGUAUUCUUCUGAAGAAGCAAUGGCCAGAUUCAUUACCACUCGACCUCCAAACAUUCUUACAGCACAUACCAGUAAUGUCGGUGCAAAUUCCUUGCCAAGUUAUUCGAUACCGAAUGCUGUACCUCCAGUUCCUCCCAAACAUCCCAGAGCUCCUCCGCCAAUCAUCUCCUCAAAUAACUAUCUUGAUUUGACUGCCAGUAAAGCUAGUGUAUUGGUACCCUGUACGUUUCUACCUCCUCCGCCUCCUACUCCCAGACAACCACCUCCGCCCCCACCUACGCUCGCCACUGUCUACACAAGUCAGCUGUCUCGCACUCAGAUCGAACAGUACCAACAGCAAAUGUACAGCGAUGUGGAUUUUGUCGUAUUUCCACUUAAAGAACCUGCAAUAAGCAAACAAGAAUAUUUGGAAGCAAAGCAAGGAUCAAUACUGGCGGCACUUGCACAGACGCCUCCUCUUUUCUAUCGUUCCACGCCGUACCUCAGUCGCUAUGCCUCCAGUCAAAACCUUUCCGAUACAUACGUACAUCUUCCACUCUACGGAGCGCCGAGCAUUUCUUCGACGGGAAGCUUCGAUCCCCCACCACCACCUCCACCACCAAACCGUCCAAGUCGAUUUUUGCGCACUCGCUCAGAUGACAACAUCCUCAACUCCUUGGACACUCCACAGCCACCGAAAUUUAGACGACUUCCGCCACCUCCUCCGCCUCCACCUGUUCCCGAGCGAACGUCGGACAGUCGCCAAAGCAUAGGCGGCAGCAGCUUGCACAACAUUUUGGAAAAAUGUGUUAGUGACAUAGCAGAUGCCAAGUUUCAAAGUGAAAGUGACGUUAAAACAGUGGAUAAAAUUCAACGCCCCCUAGACAUAAGAACCUUACGCGAGAAAAGCAAGAAAAUGGACUUGCCUCUCAUUGCCGCGUUGUGCAAUGAUCGCUCUCUCAUCAAGCAAACCAAAGCGUUCGUAAUGCCCAAACAUCCCACCGAUGUCAAUAUCCGCCAAUCGAACAGUUCUAAAACAAAAUACCCAGUGUCGGGACUUAGCAACACCCAAAUAAACAAACCCGCAAGGAAACUACCGUCGAUAAGUCACCGUCAUCCCGGCGACAAACUGCCCGAGUUACCUUGCGAAAGAAUCCCCCGUGCGACUCCCAACAACUACGUAUUUCAAGAUCCACGUGCCACAAAACAUAAACUCAUGCCAUCUCAUUCUUAGGUAAAAAAACAAGACAAUUAUUCCAGUGCUAGCCAAGUAGGUAGAUAAUGUUUACUCAGGGUGCCAUUUCCGUUAAAGCGAAACUGGCGGUCGAUUGACCGUUAGUUAGUUCGUCUGUAACUUGUAAAUACAAAUUAGUUUCGUACCCUUAAGUAAUAUUAUUAGCAAUAACGUAUACACUUGCUCAAUAAUUAAAAUACUGACAUUUUAUUUUUAAUGCAAUCUAUUUAUUUGUUUUUCGUUUUCUAAAUCACAAACAGCUUAUUUUCAGUGUAUGGUGCUGCCAUUGUGUCAAAUAAAAAGUCGAACUGAACUAA